GUGAUUCGAGACCUUGGUCUCUUCGGUUUGUACAAAGGAGCUCGAGCCUGCUUCUUACGUGAUAUCCCCUUCUCAGCCAUUUAUUUCACCGCAUACAAUCAUUUGAAAACCGCGUUUGCCAACGAGGACGGGAUCAACACCCCGGGCAGUUUGUUAGCUGCAGCCACUUUGGCCGGCGCACCUUCAGCCUGUUUCACCACACCGGCGGAUGUGAUAAAAACCAGAUUGCAGGUUGUAGCACGCACAGGUCAAACCACAUACAACGGCAUAGCUGAUGCAGCACGUAAGAUUUGGCACGAGGAAGGGGGUCGCGCGUUUUGGAAAGGUGCAGGAGCUCGUGUGCUCCGCUCCAGUCCACAAUUCGGUGUCACGUUACUCACUUAUGAAAUGCUGCAGCGAUUCCUGUACAUAGACUUUGGUGGCCGGGAAUUGGCCGGUGCUGGUCUGGAACAUCAUCAUCAUGAGCCCGCGAUCCCCGCCAAUCCAGAUCACAUCGGCGGUCUCGGAUUCGCGACGGCCACGUUCACUGGAAUCGAAAGGAAGUUGGGCUUGUGCUUUCCAAAGUACAAACUGUCAUAG